CCUUAUAUAUAUGACAAUUUAACGUCUGUUUUACGAUUAUUGAAGGCAGAAUGUCUUUUACCGACACAAUGUACGGGCAAAGACUGAUAUACUGUGUAGUGCUAUUAUUACUAGGAGCAACACAUUCCCAUGUUUUGAAUAAACAGAGUUGCUUAGAAUCGGAACAAUGGGCGUUCGAAAAUAUGCCCUUUUUAUCUAUUAUUUUUGCAACGUCGGAAUAUUUGCCGGCUGGACCAUGCAAGAAAGACACGGAGAGAUUUUUACAAGAUCUACUUAACGGCUCUACAUGGGCUACACUAAUGUUUGAUUCUUCUACGAAGUAUCCGGAAGGUGUAUUCUACGGUCAUACAAGACACUUGGGAAAUUUUGAUGAGUGUUACAAUUUGCAAGUACAUAUCGUGGAAGAGAGUGAUAAUGCUCAUGAAAUCAAUGGCAAAUAUUGUUUAGUCAAUAUUGAAUACAAUAAGAAGCAAGUGACAUCGAUUCCUCAAAAAUUAUCAGUUUCAGGAUACACGAAUGAUAUUUUGAGUGAAUUGAACAUGAACAAUUCCUUUUGGGAAGUGUUACAGCAAUUGGAAGAUAGCCGACAUGUACGCAGAAAUCGUUUACAACUGGCUUUAUGUGUACCGGCGACCUGCAGUGCGGAAACUGUAGAAAUAGCCUUGAGGGAACCAUUAGAAAGACUUGGAGCGGGUAAAAAUAUUGAAUUUCAGAUAACUGUGCAACCUAAUUCAUGUUCCACAAUUAAAGAAGCACCAAAAUUUAAUUUCGGUGCCGGAAUUUACUGUGUUGUACUUUUCGCUUUGCUGAGUUUGAUAAUAAUCAGCACUUUGUACGACCGUGUGUCAAGCAGAGAAGGAAAUAAUAUGUCUGUAAUACGAAAUAUCAUGUUACACUUUUCCGCUCGGAAAAAUUAUGAAACAAUUUUCCACGUGAAUUAUACACAUACAGGACUUGAUUCUAUAUAUUUUAUACGUUUCAUUACAAUUAGCAGCUUUGUUUACACGCAUAAUGGAAUGCAAUAUUUUUAUGUUCCCACUAUUAAUACAAUUGAUUUAGAAGAGAUGUACAAAUUUCCUUUAAUGGCAAUACUAAUAAAUGGCACUUUCACAAUAAAUAUAAUGUUCGCUUUGAGUGGCGUUUUACUCACAACUCAGUUAUUAAAAGACUUGGAUCAACAUAAACCACUUAAAUUCGUUAAGAAUGUUGUUUCGAGAUAUUUGAGGUUAACACCGUUAUAUGCCACAAUCAUUGGUUUCUACAUUUGGGUCCUUCCGCAAUUGGGUUCCGGACCAUUUUGGAACAUAGUGGUUGAAGAAAGCGCUCAUUGUGCGAAAAAUUGGUGGUUAAAUCUCUUGUAUAUCAACAAUUACGUCGCAAAUUCGGAAUUGUGUGUCAUGCAUGGCUGGUAUUUAGCGGCAGACUUUCAACUUUUUGUCUGCAGUCAAUUUGUGAUAUAUGCAUUUUGGCGUAUGCCACGUAAAAUAGGAUAUUCUUUUCUUGGAAUAUUAACAUUAAUGAGUUGCACCAUACUCUUUUUUGCCACUUAUGUAUACGAUGCACCAUCCGUUGUGCGGUUCACCCCAUCCGUAACUAUGUUAGAAAACGUGGCAGAGUUUAAAAUGUAUUAUAUCAAAACGCAUAUGUGUGCCACUGGAUACCUUGUCGGUAUAAUCGCUGGUGCAAUACUUCACGAUCACAAAGAUAGUACGUGGCGCUUGUCUAAGUUCUGGUCACAUAUCUUGGUUUACCCAAUGCCUGUGGUUUUAUAUGUCACCACCCAAUGUUGGGCGCAUAAAUUUCUUAUAUUGAGCAAGCCGAAUGUGUUAGAAGAAGCAAUUUUUGCAUUUUUACAAAGACUUAUUUCUGCCUUGUGCGUGUGCUAUACGAUAGUUUUAUUAUCCAUCAGCAGUCAAUCAGAAUUUUACUAUCGUUUCUUAACACCUCGUUGGACGCAGCCAUUAGCAAAUUUAACUUAUGGAGUUUAUCUGGUACAUUAUAUAUUAGUUAUAUUUGACGUAGGACAAGCAAGAAAUGCAAGAACUUUCAGUCUUUUUAAAUUAAUACUGAAUACCAUACCACCGCUGCUAUUAUCUUAUAUAAUUUCUUUACUUCUCACAAUAUGUAUUGAAAUGCCAUUUAGGAAUUUAACGAAAUGGUAUUUCUACGAAAAAAACCCCAUUGCUAUUAACAAAAGGAUAUCCGGGCAUAAAGUAACAAAAGAAGAAUAAUUAUGUUACGUCUAGAUUCUGCCAAAA